AUGUCCAACGCCUUCAUGCCGAUCUCACCAGAACUCUGGAAAGAGAUUCAGACUGUCCAAGGGAACUUCAACCAACUCCUGGGAAUCGCCAAUCCAUCAACUGCCUCGACCCUUGGAGGUGAGGUCGUCGGGGGUGUCCCACUACUGGGCGGAUUCUACCCAACUCCGACCCCUCUGGCGGCUAAUCCGAUUAGUGUCGAUCCAUCCAGCUCACGAACAACUCUUGGCGCCCGCCCAACUCCCCCUAGCACCGUGCAACCACCUCCUUCCCGCUCACCGGUUUCCCUUGGCACCCCCAGCACUCAGAUUCCCCGAACAACAAAUAUACCAGCACCAUUCUCUCCGACACCCCCGCCAGUCGUCACUAACGCUCCAUACACACCGAUAAUAGCCACCCAACCCGAUUCUCCUCUUGAAUCUAACUUCAAUCUGCCCAACAACAGCCCAGAUAGAAUCCAAAUACCAGCCGGGGCAAUCGUUGGAAUAGCCCUCGGCGCCCUCUUACUCGUCUUUACAAUCCUUCUGGGUUGUUGGCAUAUCCAACGUCGGCGCCGGGCAACACUUGCAAAGAGAAGGACACAAAGAGAGUCAUUUCUACACAAUCCAAUCCUCAGCACUCUUAUGGUUCCCAAACAGUCCUCGUCCUCCUUUCGAGGGACACCUUAUCUAGGCGAAGGCGACAUGUACUAUGCUAAUCCACCUUCACUAAAUCGUAAUUCCUCCUCAAGCUUUGGGCCUGCCUUCCGUCAAUCUCAUAGACCACUAGCUGAUACGGCUGAAGGUGCUCGCCUGAAUGAAGUCAAUUACCUUGAAGUCGUGGGUGACCAUCCUCGAGUAGACAGCUUACUUCCAAUGAAAUAUCAUGGUGGUCCAAUCAUGCAUCCACAAAUUGAGCAGGCAGCCCGCUUUUCAAAUACUUACAACAAUAAUACCAGUCAAUAUUUCCCCCAGGAUACUGAAAGCGAGGCCUCGGAUGACAACGGAAGUUUUCAAACACGCCGCUCAACAUUCAGGUCCGGAUUCUCAACAGGAUCUCUCAUAUUCCCCCAAGUUGCAAAAUUCAGAAAUGUUGCCACAAACGAAGCUGGGAUUCCAAUUCAAAAUCUAGAAGCCAACCGAGUAAAGUCACAAAUGGUUACCGACAUUCUUGACUUUGACGGGCAGGAGUACGAGCAGGAAAGUGAUCCAGGCAAUCGAGAUUCACAAAAAGUGGAUCCGGACUUCCCAUCAUUCUACCUUCCUCCGGCGGGAGAUCCCAAGAAGAUCAGUGCUGCCCAGGUGGAUUUGCCGACUCAAAAUUUGCUCAGCCGGAUCACCAACUUCUCUUACCCUAUGCCCCGGGUCGUCCCUUCUCCUCCAGAAGUACCCGGCCCGAUUCUAAACCGACCACGCUACAAAUAUGGCCAAAAGGCUCGUCGGGAUCAAGACCUACAGCCGUCGCGUAGUCCACCCAGUCCUCCCAAUCCUCCCAGUCCACCUAGUCCACCCACCAGCCCGCCAAGUCCACUCAAUGAAAUCGUCACCCGACCGGGAUCUACUGCGACGCCCGGUUUUGCAAACAAUCGUUACAUACCCAACAAAGGAAAGAAGAGGAAGACGAAUGCGAAUGUGUUGAGUGUUUUGCAUAAAAGUAGUCUCCGCAAGUCAUCGGCCAAGUCGAUGAUGCCCAGGCGGCAAAGUGCGCUAUCCAUCAAGUCAAUCAUGGCCAAACGACAAAGCGCAGUCUCAAUUAACUCAAUGAUGCCUAAACGACAAAGCUUCUUCCGGCGCGCUGAAAGGAAGACUAUGGCUUCCGUCAGCUCGGUAGACAUUCCUGAUCCCUAUGGUCAUAGUAAGAUAAACCAUGCAGCUAUUUAG